AUGUCUGAGCCAUCGAAGCAAACGAUAUACACUAAUGGCUACGACGAAUCUGUACUUAAGAGUCAUCGAUGGCGCACUUUAGAAAAUUCUGCAAAGUACCUUUUGCCCCACUUGAACAAGUCGAUGUCUGUGCUCGAUAUUGGCUCGGGUGCAGGGACGAUCACACUUGACUUUGUCCCGCUUGUUGCUCGAGUAACGGGCUUGGAAAUAUCUAAAGAGGCCAUGGAUUUGACGCUUCAAGAAGCUGCGCGGCAGGGCGUCGAUAUCGAUACGGCUAUUGGAGAUGUGCAUGCCCUGCCGUUCCACGAUAAUGCUUUCGAUGUGGUGCAUGCGCACCAAGUUCUCCAACAUGUGGCAAACCCUAUCGUGGCGCUUCGCGAGAUGCGCCGAGUUACCAAGCAAGGCGGACUUGUUGCCGCGUGCGAUACAGACUUUGGCGUGGCUUCCUGGUUCCCGGAGGAUGCGCUUUUGGAAGAAUGGAGCCAAAUGUUUCAAACGGUAGCACGGAGUAAUGGCGCAGAACCAAAUGCAGGGCGACGGCUUCUCUAUUGGGCUAUGGAAGCUGGAUUCACCGAUGUGGAGCCUGGUGCAUCGACAUGGUGUUUUGCUACGACCGAGAGUCGUGAAUAUUGGGGUGGAAUGUGGGGUACUCGCAUUUUGACGUCCAGUAUCAAUGACCAAGCCAAAGCGCGCGGAUAUACACACAAGAAGCUGGAGGCCAUGUCUGCGGCUUGGCAGCGCUGGGUAGAAUCGCCGUACGGCUGGUUUAUGAUGCCACAUGGAACAAUUCUUGCUCGAAAAUGA